ACUUGGUGACCAGUGCACCCUAAAUCCGGUGGUUCGUUUCUCUCUGUUACGGCUGGUAGUGUGGCCCGGUUCCGCGGUUUUGGUGCGAUCAUCCGUUUCGAAAGCAUCACGCACGAACUGUUCGCGUUCUUAGCAUAAAGUGUCGAAUCUGAAGUUGGUGUAAAUCCCGUAGUGAUACUCCCGAGAAAAAAAGAAAGUUUCGUUGAACAACGUAGCUGAACGACCCGCAAGAUGAGUGCCGCUACAGCCCCCGCCGCCGCUACGCCUGCCCCACCUCCUGUAUUGAAGAAAGGCAUUGUGAAGCAGAUCCUCUCCGGUGACUCGUUGAUUCUCCGCGAUAAACCCGUCAAUGGUCCGCCGCGUGAGAAGCAGCUUAACUUUGCCGGUGUCGUUGCACCCAAGCUUGCCCGCCGACCAGCCAACGGAUCGAAUGACGGUUCGAAGGAUCAACCCUACGCCUGGGAAUCCCGUGAGUACCUGCGCCAGCGUCUGAUCGGACAGGAGGUGUGGUUCUAUUCGGAGAAGCCUCCGAAUGCGAACCGCUUCUAUGGCUACGUGAAGCUUGGCAAGGACCCCAACUCGGAGAACAUUGUUGAGUCGAUCAUCUCCGAGGGUCUAGUGACGGUGCGACGUGACAACGUCCGCCAAACGCCCGAGCAUGCCCGCCUGGUCGAACUGGAGGAUGCUGCGCGAAGGGCGCGAAAGGGCAUCUGGAGCGAUGCGCCUGAGGGCGAGCAUGUUCGUAACAUUACCUGGAACAUCGAUAACCCGAAGCAGUUUGUCGACCAAAACGGUGGGCACCUGAUCAAGGCCAUCAUCGAACACGUGCGCGAUGGUUCGACGGUUCGUGCAUUCCUCAUGCCAAGCCCGCGCGUUUUCCAGCACAUCACUCUUAUGAUGUCCGGCAUCCGUUGUCCGGGCUUUAAACUAGACGCCGAGGGUAAGCCGGACAACACGACCGAUGUACCGUACGCGGAAGAAGCGAGGUUCCACGUGGAGAGCCGACUGCUACAGCGUGACGUGAAGAUUCGCCUCGAGUCGAACAGCAACACGAACUUCCUCGGUACGAUCCUUUACCCGGAUGGCAACAUCGCCGAGUCGCUGCUGCGCAAUGGCUUCGCGAAGUGCGUCGAAUGGAGCAUACCGUACGUGAAGGAAGGUAUCGACCGGCUACGCGCGUCUGAGCGAGAGGCCAAAAUGGGUCGACUGCGCCUGUGGAAGGACUACAAGCCACCGGCGGCGAUGGCCAACACCAAGGACAAGGAGCUAGUCGGAACCGUGAUGGAGGUGUACAACGGAGACGCCAUCUCGGUGAAGGUUGGCACCGUGACGAAGAAGGUGUUCUUCUCGUCGAUUCGUCCCCCGCGCCCGAAGGAGGACGAUGGUCCCCGUGGCAAGAACUCACGCCCUCUGUACGACAUUCCUUACAUGUUCGAAGCCCGCGAAUUCCUGCGCAAGAAGCUGAUCAGCAAGCGGGUGACGUGUACUUUGGAUUAUGUUGCUCCCGCCCGCGACAACUACCCCGAGAAGUACUGCUACACGGUUCGUCUGGAUGAGCAGAAUGUUGCUGAGGCAAUGCUCGAGAAGGGCUUGGCGACGGUGAUCAACUACCGGCAGGAUGAUGAGCAGCGUUCGCCCGAGUACGACAAACUGCGCGCCGCCCAAGAGCAGGCCAUCAAGGGUCAGAAGGGUAUGCACGCGAAAAAGCAAACACCUUCGCACCGCAUUAACGAUCUGACGACGGAUCAUUCCCGCAUCAAGCACCACUACCUGCCGUCGUGGCAGCGAGCCCUCCGCACCGAAGCGAUCGUUGAGUUCGUCGCUAGCGGAUCGCGCCUGCGACUCUACUGCCCGAAGGAAAGCUGCCUGGUUACAUUCCUGCUCGCUGGCAUCAGCUGUCGUCGCUCGUCCCGUCCCGCGAUCGGUAGCGCGCCUGCCCAGGAAGCGGAACCGUACGGUGACGAUGCCCUGCAGUUCACCCGCGAACGUGUUCUACAGCGGGAUGUGAGCGUCAAGAUCGAUACGACCGACAAGCAGGCGACGAGUGUGAUCGGCUGGUUGUUUACCGAUCACAACGUCAACCUGUCCGUGGCACUCGUCGAAGAGGGUCUGGCGGAGGUGCACUUUACGGCGGAGAAAUCGGACUACUAUCGCGCACUGCGGGACGCUGAAGCCAAGGCUAAGGCGCAGAGGAAGAACAUUUGGAAGGAUUACGUGGAAAAGACGGUAACAGAGGAGGAGAAGGACGAUACCGAUGACAUGCCGGACGUCAACGUACCCGUCGAGCGUAAGGUCAAGUACGAGAGCGUCGUCGUAACGGAGGUCACGCCUGAUCUGCAGUUCUACGCUCAGCAUGCAAACCAAGGCGCCAAGUUAGAGGAGCUCAUGACGAAGCUGCGGCAGGACUUCAAGGCGAUGCCGCCAGUGACGGGUUCGUACGCACCGAGACGUGGCGAUCUCUGCGCGGCCAAGUUCUCCGAGGACAAUGAAUGGUACCGCGCGAAGGUCGAGAAGGUGGAGAAGGGUGGCAACGUGUCGAUUUUCUACAUCGACUACGGUAAUCGUGAGACUGUUCCCGCAACCCGCCUUGCAAUGCUCCCGCAGACGUUCACCUCGGAGAAACCAUUCGCGCAUCUGUACGUACCCGCGCUGCUGCUCCUGCCGGUUGACGCCGACGAUCGCACCGAGGCCGUGAAGGCGUUCUCUCAAGACGUGCUGAACCGAACGCUCAACAUGAACGUGGAGUAUCGCGUGUCUGGCACGGAAUACGUGACUCUGGCCGACCCCAGCACUAAAGCCGACAUCGGCGAAGAUUUGAUUGCCGAUGGUUACUUGAUCGCGGACAAGAACAAGAAGGAUCCCAGGGUGGCCAAGCUGGUUGCGGACUAUAAGGACGCCGAGCAGAAGGCUCGCAAAGAACAUAAGGGCAUUUGGCAGUACGGUGACAGCACCGAGGAUCAGGCCGGCGAGUUCGGCCUUAGCCGUUAACGGGAUGGUCUUCCGUCCUGCCAAAUGCUGCUCAGAACCGAGAUUUGUCUAGUCACGAUCACGUCACCAUGCCGUACAAGUCCUCCCAGGUACGUCGUAUUCUCCUCUGUUUCUGUGUUGUAGUUCGGUACAUGUUCCUCGGCAUAUUGAAGGGUGGGAGUACAGACAGUAGUACACUGGCGGAAAUAUUUCACCUCAAUUCGGCACAUGGUACAUGUGAUCAUACGAGUCUAUAGUGGCGUUGUCGCUUGUGAGCUGUGACGCGGUUGAACCGUUUAUAUAGAUUCACGUUCGGCAAUUGAUACUACAUGGACAAGACUGGACGGAGAUCGUUUUUGGGCGCAUAAAAAUGAAACAUAACACACCUGCCUAUCGAUAUAUUCAGUAAAAAAAAAGUACACUAUAUAAUGUGAGAUAAAAGAAAAACAAGCAAAAACAUUUUUUGAACGUACGAAGCAAUUCACUCGCACGUGCUCUCUGCCUUGCGCUAUACCGGUGCAGAGCAGCGCGAGAUAGAACUGAGGCCGGAAAACCAUUAACCACCAUUUGAUUAGCAAGCACGGCAGGCAACGGCAGCAAGCAAUCCCCUCGUACGUUGCGUCCGAAGUGGUCGGACGGCAAAUGCUAAUACUCGCGCCUACUGCAUAUCUACUAACCACCAACACACCCCCUGUGUAAAGCACCAUGAGGAAAACAACGAUCCGAAAUUCGGUUGCGUCGGUCCAAUAACGACGAGAGCUGUUGCUCGCGAUCGUGGCGACGUGAGAAUAUCCAGCACAUACAACAAAACAAGAUGAAUUACUCCUCGUCGAUCAUCUUGAGAUGUGUGUACAGUAAGAGCCAACACGCGAGGAGGUGAUCCAUCCUACAGCAUAUAACCGCCGGCAGCAAUGAAUUAGCCCCUUACCGGACGUUCACAUUUAGCCAUUAGUUUUCACAAAUAUGUGUUUAUUUUUUACGAUUUACGCGUAACGCCUUAUAUCUUCCAUUUGCCUGAUUGUCAUAAAGAAUCUUUUUAAACUGUUUUUUCACAUUACUUUUUUUUGUCUUGGUUCAGUUCAUGGUGGAAAUAAAAUUUAUCCUGACAUUAUAAAACUGUA